AUGGCACAGCAAGGAGCUCAGCUCGACGGAGCAAAAUUCUGCUGUUCGAUCUGUUUGGAUCUACUGAAGGAUCCGGUAACUAUUCCCUGUGGACACAGCUACUGCAUGAGCUGUAUAAAAAACUUCUGGGAUGGAGAGGAUGAGAAGAAAAUCUACAGCUGCCCUCAGUGCAGACAGACAUUCACACCGAGGCCUGUCCUGAUGAAAAGCACCAUGUUUGCAGAUUUAUUGGAGGACCUGAAGAAGACUGGACUCCAAGCUGCUGCUCCUGCUGAUCUCUGCUUUGCUGGACCUGAAGAUGUGGCCUGUGAUUUCUGUACUGGGAGGAAGCUGAAAGCAUCCAAGUCCUGUCUGAACUGCCUGGCCUCUUACUGUGAGAAACACCUCCAACCACACCAUGAUGUAGCUCCAUUAAAGAAACAUAAGCUGGUUGAGCCCUCCAAGAAGCUCCAGGAGAACAUCUGCUCUCGUCAUGAUGAGGUGAUGAAGAUGUUCUGUCGUACUGAUCAGAAGUGUAUCUGUUAUCUCUGCUCUGUGGAAGAACAUAAAGGCCACGACACAGUCUCUGCUGCAGCAGAAAGGACUGAGAGGCAGAGAGAGCUCGAGGUGAGUCGACAAGACAUCCAGCAGAGAAUCCUGGACAGAGAGAAAGAUGUGAAGCUGCUUCAACAGGAGGUGGAGGUUGUCAAUCGCUAUGCUGAUAAAGCAGUGGAGGACAGUGAGAAGAUCUUCACUGAGCUGAUCCGUCUCAUCCAGGAAAGAAGUUCUGAUGUGAAGCAGCAGAUCAGAUCUGAGCAGGAGACCAAAGUGAGUGAAGUCAAAGAGCGUCAGGUGGAGCUGCAGCAGGAGAUCACUGAGUUGAAGAAGAAAGAUGCUGAACUGGAGCUCCUCUCAAGAACAGAGAAUCACACCCAGUUUCUACGAGAUUAUGCACCACUAUCACUGCCUGUUUUGUCUAGUAGUCCAUGUUUGUCUUUGUAUACUGAACUGUGCUUUGACUAUGUGGAAGAGGCUGUGUCAGAGGCCAAAUGUACCCUAGAGGACAUUCUAAACAAGACCUGGUCAAAGCAGUCUUUAACAAUACCUGAAGUCGAUGUUUUACCAUCAAAUCAAGAAGCAGAACCGAAGACCAGAGCUGAAUUCUUACAAUACUCACACCAGAUCACACUGGAUCCAAACACAGCAAACAAACAUCUGUCACUGUCAGAGGGGAACAGAGCAGCAACAAAAACAGAUAUAGUACGGCCGUAUUCAAGUCACAGAGACAGGUUCAAACAGUGCUGGCAGGUCCUGAGUAGAGAGAGUCUGACUGGACGCUGUUACUGGGAGGUGGAGAGGGAUGGGAGAUGUGCAGUAGCUGUGACAUACAAAGAUAUUAACUUUAGAGGAACCACUACUACAAUUCAAAGUCCAUUUGGAGACAAUGACAAGUCCUGGGCAUUAGAUUGCUGCCAAAUUAUGCAUCUAUUCAGACAUAACAACAACUUGACAGUCAUCCCAGGUCCUCAGUCCUCCACAGUAGGAGUGUACCUGGAUCACAAAGCAGGUAUUCUGUCCUUCUACAGUGUCUCUGAAACCAUGACUCUCCUCCACAGAGUCCAGACUAGAUUCACUCAGCCUCUCUAUGCUGGAUUGCGGUUUUACAAAUCUGUUUUUAAAUCCACUGCUGAGUUUUGUAAAGUAGAUUAA